AUGGCCGUUGGGCCACCGACGGGAGGAUCAGGAAAUCCUCCACAAGCACCAGUCCAGCCACAUCCGAUUCUAGCACCAAGCCCGUUGUUUGCCUUACCGACUCUGAACUUUACCGCGUCGCAGGUUGCGACCGUUUGCGAGACACUGGAAGAAUCCGGCGACAUCGAGCGGCUGGCGCGGUUCCUAUGGAGCCUCCCGGUGGCUCAUCCGAACGUUUCGGAGUUGGACCGAUCCGAACCGGUGCUGCGGGCGAGAGCUAUUGUCGCGUAUCACACGGGGCACUUCAGGGAAUUGUACACGAUAUUGGAGCGGCACAAAUUUACCAAAUCGUCACACGGAAAACUGCAGGCGAUGUGGCUUGAAGCACACUAUCACGAAGCGGAAAAACUACGCGGUCGACCGCUAGGUCCCGUCGAUAAGUAUCGCGUCCGGAAAAAAUUUCCGUUGCCCCGGACAAUCUGGGACGGCGAACAGAAGACCCACUGCUUCAAAGAGCGAACGCGGAGCCUGCUGAGAGAGUGGUAUCUGCAGGAUCCGUACCCGAAUCCGACCAAGAAGCGGGAACUGGCGCAGGCCACCGGUCUCACGCCGACACAGGUGGGAAAUUGGUUUAAAAAUAGACGCCAACGGGAUCGAGCCGCAGCGGCCAAAAAUAGGUAA